AUGUCCUUGAAACGGCCGUCUGCACCGAUCAGAGAAGUGAAAGCGAUCGAGAGGGUGAGGACGAAGAUUGCCGAAGAAGAUCGCUUCUUCAAGGAGUUGCUAUACUUCCGGAACCUUUACAAUGUGGGCUUGAUCGGCAAAUCAGAGCACGACCGAAGGUUAAAGGAGGAAGAGGAAGAGGAGAAAAGGCAAAUGGCAGGUGGGCGUCCAAUGAGCGAGGCGACCAGGAGGCGGCUGGAGGGGCAUGGGGCGCCGAAGCCGAAGAAAGGGCAGUCCCCCAGACCGAAGAAGAAGGCGGCGGCAGGGGCCUCAGGUGAUGAGCAGACGGUGGCGGAUCGCCGCCGGGAGAAGCAGGCGGCCGAGGCUGAGGCCGUUCGGGAGGUGCACCUCCAAGUAACCGGAAAAAGGAUGAUUGAGGGUGCCCUCGACGCAACGCCGUUGCCGAAGCGGCCAAGGGGGCCGAAUGAAGGGACAUCGGUGGUGAUUCCCGAUGAUGAAGGAGAGGGAGAGGAGGGGCCGGUGAACAUUGCUUGCCCUCGGAAGGCUGUGCCGUUCAUCAACAGUAUGAUCGAUGGCGCUCAAAUGGAGCUGUCAGAGAUUGAGCAACUGUUGGCGAAGACGUUGCGCGAGCAGACCGGGCGAGCCUUCCGGCUUCAGGCUGCAGCUGAUAUGGAGAUGUGGCUCUGCGUGAAGCGAGCCAUCAAUGCUGCCGAACGGUACCAAAAGAAGUUUGAAGAGGGCCGUUCGAAGAUCGCUGAUGCCGGAAAGCUCAUUCAGGAGGCCGACCGGCGUGCUGAGGAAAAUGCUGCGAAGAUAGCGGAGCUGACAUCGAAAUUGGCAGCAACGGAGUUGGAUUUGGUGGCGGCGCAGGAGGCGAAGGCAGCGGUGGAGGUGGCUAUGGAUGCGGCCGAACGGUCGCAUGGCAAGGAGGUAGAGGAGGCGAAGGCGAAAGCCGUAGAUGACUACCGAGCGUCGGAGGAGUUCACGCUUCUGGUAGACAAAGAAGUCAUGGAGCAAUGUGACGACUUUGUCUAUCGAUUCAAGCGGUACAAUGCAGAGAAGAAGCUGAACCUGAACUUUCUCCGGGAUCCGCCGCCAUUACCGGAAGGGGUAACCGAAGAGAUGGUGGAGGCGUACAAGGGUGAGGAUGCCGAGCCCGAGGAAACCGACGACACCGAUUCAAGCAGUGGGGAGGAAGAAGGUCAUCCCGGGCCGAGGGCUGCCGUUGCGUCUACUGCCGAGCCGUCGACUGAUGCUGUGCCUGCAUCAGCUGAUGCCGAUGUUGUAGCGACCGAAGCCGAUCCACCCACCUCGUAG